AUGACGUCGGAGCUGGUUCCUCUACUGCUUCUCUUGCAGGAAUCAUCCGAGUCCUUCACUGUGGCAUCCAGCCCGGCCCUGCGUGGGCGAAGCAAUGACCCUCACACCUCCAGCCCUGGCCGAAGCUCCCGGCGCACUGAUGCCCUGACCUCCAGCCCUGGUCGUGACCUUCCUCCCUUUGAGGAUGAGUCUGAGGGGCUGCUAGGUACAGAGGGGCCACUAGAGGAAGAAGAGGAUGGAGAGGAGCUUAUUGGAGAUGGCAUGGAGAGGGACUACCGUGCCAUCCCAGAGCUGGACACCUAUGAGGCUGAGGGACUGGCUCUGGAUGACGACGAUGUAGAGGAGCUGACGGCCAGUCAGAGGGAGGCAGCUGAACGGGCCAUGCGGCAACGUGACCGGGAGGCUGGCCGGGGCCUGGGCCGCAUGCGCCGUGGGCUCCUGUACGACAGCGAUGAGGAGGAUGAGGAACGUCCCACCCGCAAGCGCCGCCAGGUGGAGCGGGCCAUGGAGGACGGUGAGGAGGAUGAGGAGAUGAUCGAGAGCAUCGAGAACCUGGAGGACCUCAAGGGCCACUCUGUGCGCGAGUGGGUGAGCAUGGCGGGCCCCCGGCUGGAGAUCCACCACCGCUUCAAGAACUUCCUACGCACACAUGUGGACAGCCGCGGCCACAACGUCUUCAAGGAGCGCAUCAGCGACAUGUGCAAAGAGAACCGCGAGAGCCUGGUGGUAAACUACGAGGACCUGGCAGCCAGGGAGCACGUCCUGGCCUACUUCUUGCCUGAGGCACCCGCGGAGCUGCUGCAGAUCUUUGAUGAGGCUGCCCUAGAGGUGGUCCUGGCCAUGUACCCCAAGUAUGACCGCAUUGCCAGCCACAUCCACGUCCGCAUCUCCCACCUGCCACUGGUGGAGGAGCUGCGCUCGCUGAGGCAGCUGCACCUGAACCAGCUGAUCCGCACCAGCGGGGUGGUGACCAGCUGCACAGGCGUCCUGCCCCAGCUCAGCCUGGUCAAGUACAACUGCAACAAGUGCAGCUUUGUCCUGGGGCCCUUCUGCCAGUCCCAGAAUCAGGAGGUGAAGCCGGGCUCCUGCCCUGAGUGCCAGUCAGCCGGCCCCUUUGAAGUCAACAUGGAGGAGACCAUCUAUCAGAACUACCAGCGCAUCCGAAUUCAGGAGAGUCCGGGCAAGGUGGCGGCCGGCCGGCUGCCUCACUCCAAGGACGCCAUUCUCCUUGCUGAUCUGGUGGACAGCUGCAAGCCAGGGGAUGAGAUAGAGCUGACCGGCAUCUACCACAACAACUAUGACGGCUCCCUCAACACUGCCAACGGCUUCCCUGUCUUUGCCACUGUCAUCCUGGCCAACCACGUGGCCAAGAAGGACAACAAGGUGGCUGUGGGGGAGCUGACCGACGAGGAUGUGAAGAUGAUCACUAGCCUCUCCAAGGACCAGCAGAUUGGGGAGAAGAUCUUUGCCAGCAUUGCUCCUUCCAUCUAUGGGCACGAGGACAUCAAGCGAGGCCUGGCCCUGGCUCUGUUUGGAGGGGAGCCUAAAAACCCAGGUGGUAAGCACAAGGUGCGGGGCGACAUCAACGUGCUCCUGUGUGGAGACCCCGGCACAGCCAAGUCUCAGUUCCUCAAAUACAUCGAGAAAGUGUCUAGCCGAGCCAUCUUCACCACCGGACAGGGAGCGUCAGCUGUGGGCCUCACAGCCUACGUCCAGCGACAUCCUGUCAGCAGAGAGUGGACCUUAGAAGCUGGAGCCCUGGUUCUGGCUGACCGAGGAGUGUGUCUCAUUGAUGAAUUUGACAAGAUGAACGACCAGGACAGGACCAGCAUCCACGAGGCCAUGGAGCAGCAGAGCAUCUCCAUCUCAAAGGCCGGCAUCGUCACCUCCCUGCAGGCGCGCUGUACCGUCAUGGCUGCUGCCAACCCCAUAGGAGGGCGCUAUGACCCCUCGCUGACCUUCGCAGACAACGUGGACCUCACAGAGCCCAUCAUCUCACGUUUUGACAUCCUGUGUGUGGUCAGAGACACAGUGGACCCAGUCCAGGAUGAGAUGCUGGCCCGCUUCGUGGUUGGCAGCCACGUCAGACACCACCCCAGCAACAAGGACGAGGAGGGCCUGGCCAAUGGCAGUGCCCCGGAGCCUGCCAUGCCCACUACACACGGCGUGGAGCCUCUGCCCCAGGAGGUGCUGAAGAAGAACAUCAUCUACACCAAGGAGAAGGUCCACCCCAAGAUCAACCAGAUGGACCAGGACAAGGUGGCCAAGAUGUAUAGUGACCUGAGGAAAGAGUCCAUGGCCACAGGCAGCAUCCCCAUCACAGUGCGGCACAUCGAGUCCAUGAUCCGUAUGGCAGAGGCCCAUGCACGCAUCCACCUGCGGGACUAUGUGAUAGAAGACGAUGUCAACAUGGCCAUCCGUGUGAUGCUGGAGAGCUUCAUCGACACACAGAAGUUCAGUGUCAUGCGCAGCAUGCGGAAGACUUUUGCCCGCUAUCUUUCAUUCCGGCGAGAUAACAAUGAGCUGUUGCUCUUCAUAUUGAAGCAGUUAGUAGCAGAGCAGGUGACAUAUCAACGCAACCGCUUUGGGGCCCAGCAGGACACAAUUGAAGUUCCUGAGAAAGACUUGGUGGACAAGGCCCGUCAGAUCAACAUCCACAACCUCUCUGCUUUCUAUGAUAGUGAGCUCUUCAGGAUGAACAAGUUCAGCCAUGAUUUGAAACGGAAAAUGAUCCUCCAGCAGUUCUGAGGCCCUGGGCCAUGCACAGUGCACCCUGUGGUGCUGGCCUGGGGAUGUUGGACCACACGCUCAGUCCACUGCGUUACGGACACAGCCACACCACUGAUGGGCUCAGAGUGGGCUGGGGUUGCAGCUGGACAUCUGGCUUCCCUCCAGUCUGCUGGGCACAGGCUGUGACUUGGAACGAUGCUGUUUACUUCUUUGGCUCCCCUUUGUCCUCUUGCCUUCUGGGUGGGCACCCUUUGCCAGUGUGUGUUUUUCAGCUGCUUAGCAGCCCAUGCCCUGCAAGUGGUUUGUCUCCACCUGGUACCUUGGGUUGGAGUUCCUGUGUUUGGGACAUCCAGGGUGUGUUUCAGGUGACUGAACAGCCUUGUGGAUGUUAGAACUGUGGCCCUCUUGGUGUGAGUUGCGUGUUCAGCCUGCUUCUGCCACCUUUGGCCAAAGAGCAAGCUGUUUGUAGUCUUUUUCUGUGAGCCUCCAUGGCGGAAGAGAGCGCAGCCCUGCCAGCACAGCAUGUUUGCUCCCUGUGAGGGGCUUCUGCAGUCGGAGGAGGUGGAUGUGGGUUGCGGGAAUUAUCUGCUGCAUGACUAUCGGUCACCACUGCUAUAUUAAUCUGUUUUCUUCUGCUUAACCAUUUCCCCAUUCUCUUACUGUUUAUACAUUCAAUUUUUGUUUUUGUAGUUUUAAUUUUUAAUAAAGUCAAGUUGGAGGUGGAGGAAGACAGGUGCAUGUGGGAAUUAAAAAAGAAUAAAGUUGAAUAAGAUCUAAA